AUGAAUCAGUACCCUCUUAUUCUGGAAGUGAUAUGCCAAGGAAUGACAGUAUCAUGUGGUCAAAAGUAACUGAGGAAGGAACAGAGCUGUCACAACGGCUUGGGAGGAGUGGUUUUGCUGGAACUGAAAUAGACCCUGAAAAUGAAGAACUUAUGCUGAAUAUUAGCUCUCGACUACAAGCAGCAGUUGAAAAACUUCUGGAAGCAAUAAGUGAAACCAGUAGUCAGCUUGAACAUGCGAAAAUUACGCAGACAGAAUUGAUGCGUGAGUCAUUUAGACAGAAACAAGAAGCAGCAGAGUCCCUCAAGUGCCAAGAAGAACUGCGAGAGCGCCUUCAUGAGGAAUCUCGGGCCAGAGAGCAGCUGGCUGUGGAGCUCAGCAAGGCUGAGGGUGCCAUCGAUGGCUACACAGAUGAGAAAACUCUUUUUGAAAGGCAAAUUCAGGAAAAAACUGAUAUAAUAGAUCGACUUGAGCAGGAAUUGUUAUGUGCAGGUAAUAGAUUGCAAGAAUUAGAAGCAGAACAACAGCAGAUCCAAGAAGAAAGAGAGUUACUAACCAGACAGAAGGAGGCUAUGAAAGCGGAGGCAGGCCCAGUUGAACAGCGACCAGUAGAUGCUGCAGUUGCUGCAGCACCUGGAGCAGAAUUACUACAGGAGACAGAAAAACUAAUGAAGGAAAAGCUAGAAGUACAGUGUCAAGCUGAAAAAGUACGUGAUGAUCUUCAGAAACAAGUGAAAGCUCUAGAAGUAGAUGUUGAGGAACAAGUCAGUAGGUUUAUUGAGCUGGAACAAGAAAAAAAUGCUGAAUUAAUGGACUUAAGACAGCAAAACCAAGCACUGGAAAAGCAGUUAGAAAAAAUGAGAAAAUUUUUAGAUGAGCAAGCCAUUGAUAGAGAACAUGAGAGGGAUGUAUUCCAACAGGAAAUACAGAAACUAGAGCAGCAACUUAAGGUCAUACCUCGACUCCAGCCUGUCAGUGAACAUCAAACUAGAGAGGUUGAACAGUUAACAAAUCAUCUAAAAGAAAAAACAGACAAAUGCAGUGAACUUUUGUUGUCGAAAGAACAGCUUCAGAGAGAUGUACAAGAGCGGAAUGAAGAAAUUGAGAAAUUGGAGUUCAGAGUAAGAGAACUGGAGCAAGCCUUACUUGUUAGCACGGACACAUUUCAAAAGGUAGAGGAUCGAAAACAAUUUGGAGCUGUAGAAGCUAAAGCAGAAUUAUCUCUAGAAGUACAGUUGCAGGCUGAGCGAGAUGCAAUAGACAGAAAGGAAAAAGAGAUUACAAACUUAGAAGAACAGUUAGAGCAGUUUAGAGAAGAACUGGAAAAUAAGAGUGAAGAGGUUCAGCAACUACAUAUGCAAUUAGAGAUACAGAAGAAGGAGUCUGCUGCCCGCUUGCAGGAACUUGGACAAGAGAACAAGUUACUGAAGAAUGAAAUGGAAAGACUGAGAUUUGCCACAAAGGAAUCUGAUGCUAUCUCUACUCAGGACCAACAUGAGCUAUUUGGAAAAUUUACCCAGAUAAUACAAGAAAAAGAGGUAGAAACUGACCAGUUAAAUGAGCAAAUUAUAAAACUUCAGCAGCAACUUAAACUUACAACAGAAAACAAGGUCGUUGAAGAAAAAAAUGAACUUAUUAGGGAUCUUGAAACCCAAAUAGAGUGUUUGAUGAGUGAUCAAGAACGUAUGAAGAAAAAUAAAGAAGAAGAAAUAGAACAGCUCAAUGAAGUGAUUGAAAAACUUCAACAGGAAUUGGCCAAUAUUGAGCAGAAGACAUCAGUGGAUGCUGAUUCCUUCCCAGAAGAAGCAGACAGUUUAAAACAUCAAUUGGAUAAGGUUAUAGCUGAAAAGCUGGCUUUGGAACAGCAAGUAGAAACCACUAAUGAAGAAAUGGCCUUCACAAAAAGUGAACUUAAAGAAACCAAUUUAAAAAUGAACCAGCUAACACAAGAAUUAUGCAGCUUAAAGAAAGAAUGUGAAAAUAAGGAAAAAGUCCAAAGUAUACCUGAAGAAAGUGUUAACUUGGCUGUAGAUGACCUCAACAAAGACAAAUCUGAAAUGGAAGAAGUAGUCCUUACUGAGGAUGCUCUUAAACCCCUAGAAAAUCAGCCUUACCUCAGAUCCUUUAGAGAAAGCACCAAAGUUUCCACGAGAAGUUUGGAAACAAAAUUGCUGCAACUUGAGAGCUCUAUUAGUACAAAGGACUUAGAACUUAUCCAGUGUUAUAAACAAAUAAAAGACAUGCAAGAGCAAGGCCAAUCUGAAACAGACAUGCUUCAAAAAAAGAUUGUAAACCUACAGAAAAUACUUGAGGAAAAAGUAGCUGCUGCUCUUGUAAGUCAAGUCCAACUUGAGGCAGUUCAGGAAUAUGUGAAGUUCUAUAAAGAUAAACAAGCAGUUUUGCCAGAACCUGAAAGGAUACAUACACAGAACUUAAAUCAACUCACCGAAAACAAUAUGGAGUCUGAUGUGUCCUCAUUAACCUUGAGAAUAUCAGAACUAGAAAGACAAGUGGUUGAAAUGCAUGCUAGUUUGGUUUUGGAAAAAGAACAAGUAGAAAUUGCAGAGAAAACUGCUUUGGAAAAAGAAAAGAAGCUGCUAGAACUACAGAAGCUAUUGGAGGAUAGUAAGAAAAAGCAGGAAGGGAAAGAAAGGCUAAGCGGUCCUCAAGGAGAUUUUGAAAUUCUCAAGGCAACUACUGAACUAAUUCAUACCCAUGGAGAAAGUGGAUUUUUUGGUGAACUUGAGGCUCUUAGAGCUGAGUCAGUGACUAACAAAGAAUUUGCCAGUUAUAAAGAAAAGGCAGAGAAACUUCAAGAAGAGCUUUUGGUAAAAGAAAGAAAUAUAGCAUCUCUUCAGAACGAUUUAAGCCAAGUCAAGUAUCAGCUUACAAAGGCAGAAGAGAAAUUAUCCUUCUUCUUAGACAAAGAAGAUAAAACUGAAGUACAAGAACACAGAAAGGUCUGCAUGUUAGAGCCACUUCCUGUUAAAGUGGGUAAAAGCUGUGCUUCUCAGAUAGAGGGAACGCUCCAGGUCAGCAGCGGCAGUCAAACCCCACAGACUCUUGUUAGAAAUGCAGGGAUUCAGAGUGAUGUACAGAGUGAGUGUUCAUCAGAGGAAGUCAAUGAGGUAAUCAGUCAGUUUACUGAAAAAAUUGAGCAGAUGCAAGAACUACAUGCUGCUGAAAUUUUGGAUAUGGAAUCCAGACAUAUCUCAGAAACUGAAACUUUGAAGAGGGAGCAUUAUGUUGCCAUUCAGUUACUGACAGAGGAAUGUGGCUCCUUGAAGGCAGUGAUACAGUGUCUGAGCUCUAAAGAGGGAUCCUCAAUUCCCGAAUUGUCAUAUUCUAAUGCUUACCAAACUAGAGAAGUAUGUUCCAGUGAUUCUGGAUCAGACUGGGGUCAGGGAACUUAUCUUACACAAAGUCAGGGAUUUGACACAGUAUUAGAAGGCCAAGGAGAAGAAGGUGAAAGUUUAACAGAUUCAUUUCCCCAAAAAAUAAAGGGAUUACUGAGAGCUGUCCAUAAUGAGGGCAUGCAGGUGCUUUCUCUCACAGAGUCACCCUAUGGUGAUAGAGAGGACCCUUCUGUUCAGCAAAUUUCAGAAUCUUGGCUAGAAGAGAGAAGAGCUUACCUCAGUACCAUCUCAUCUCUUAAGGAUUUAAUUACCAAAAUGCAAGUGCAAAGGGAAGCUGAGGUUUAUGAUAGUUCUCAAUCUCGUGAAAGCCUCUCAGACUGGCGUGGUGAACUCCUACUUGCCCUUCAACAUGUUUUCUUGAAGGAACGCAGCACUUUACUAGCUGCAUUUCAGACUGAGCUGACAGCUCUAGGCACUAGAGAUGUAGCUGGACUGUUAAACUGUUUGGAACAGAGAAUACAAGAACAGGGUAUUGGCUAUCAAGCAGCUAUGGACUGUCUGCAGAAGGCAGAUAGAAGGAGUUUGUUAUCUGAAAUUCAAGCACUGCAUGCUCAAAUUAAUGGUAGAAAAAUGGCCCUGAAAAGAGAACAAGAAAUUGAUAAACCAAGCCAAGAACUGAUGGAAUAUAAUAUGCAGCAGAAGCAGUCUCAAAUGCUGGAGAUGCAAGUGGAACUCAGCAGUGUGAAAGACAGAGCAGCAGAGCUGCAGGAACAGCUAAGUUCGGAAAAAAUGGUGGUUGCCGAACUAAAAAGUGAACUUGCACAAACAAAAUUGGAACUAGAAACAACCCUCAAAGCACAGCAUAAGCACCUAAAGGAAUUAGAAGCAUUCAGGUUGGAAGUAAAAGAUAAAACAGAUGAAGUACAUUUGCUUAAUGAUACAUUAGCAAGUGAACAGAAAAAAUCAAGAGAGCUCCAAUGGGCUUUGGAGAAAGAGAAAGCCAAGUUGGGACACAAUGAAGAAUGUGAUAAAGAAGAACUUGAGGAUCUGAAGUUUUCACUUGAGGAUCAGAAACAGAGAAAUAUUCAGCUAAAUCUACUUUUGGAACAGCAGAAACAACUACUAAAUGAAUCACAGCAGAAAAUAGAGUCACAAAGAAUGCUGUAUGAUGCCCAGUUGUCAGAAGAACAAGGCCGAAACUUAGAGCUUCAAGUACUUCUAGAGUCUGAGAAAAUUCGAAUUCAGGAAAUGAGUACUACCCUAGCUAGGGAGCGGGAGUUGCAUGCUCAGCUGCAGAGCAAUGAUGAUGGUGUGCAGUCUCGGCCGUCCUUACCCUCGGAGGACUUACUUAAAGAGUUGCAGAAACAGCUAGAGGAAAAACACAGUCGCAUAGUAGAAUUAUUAAAUGAGACUGAAAAAUAUAAACUGGAUUCUUUGCAAACAAGACAACAAAUGGAAAAAGAUAGACAGGUUCAUAGGAAGACACUGCAGACGGAACAAGAUGCCAAUACUGAAGGACAGAAAAAAAUGCAUGAACUGCAGUCCAAAGUGGAAGAUCUUCAACACCAACUGGAAGAGAAAAGACAACAAGUUUAUAAGUUAGACCUUGAAGGAAAGCGACUACAAGGAAUUAUGCAGGAGUUCCAGAAGCAAGAGCUAGAACGAGAAGAAAAGCGAGAAAGUAGACGAAUCUUGUAUCAGAAUCUUAAUGAGCCAAGCACUUGGAGCUUGAGUAAUGAUCGAACUAGAAGUUGGGUUCUUCAACAGAAAAUAGAAGGAGAGACAAAAGAAUCAAGCUAUCCAAAAUUGAUUGAACUGAAUGGAGGAGAAACUGGCUGUAAACAUGAAUUGGAAAUGAUCAAGCAAAAGCUUCAACAUGUGUCUUCAAAACUUGAGUAUCUAGCCCAGAAAGCCUCUAAUAGACAACAGUUUGAAACAGCAGAUGAUGAAGCUUUCAUUUGGAUUGAGGAAAAUAUUGACGGAAUUCUUUUACAACUACAGAAGUUAACUGGACAGCCAGGUGAAGAGUCCAACUUCAUGUCUCCAGGUACUUCCUGUGGCUCAUUGACUGAAAGACUACUGAGACAAAAUGCUGAGCUGACAGGACAUAUCAGCCAACUGACUGAAGAAAAGAAUGAUUUAAGGAACAUGAGUAUGAAGCUGGAAGAGCAGAUAAGGUGUUAUCGACAAACAGGAGCUGGUAGAGGUUAUUCUUCUAGGUUUGCAUUUGGUGGUAGUGCUAACAUUGAAGCCAUCAUUGCUUCUGAAAAAGAAGUAUGGAACAGAGAAAAAUUGACUCUCCAAAAAUCUUUGAAAAGGACAGAAGCUGAAGUAUGUAAACUGAAAGCUGAACUAAGAAACGAGACUUUACUUAGGAAUCUGAGCCCUGACUCAGAACAUGGCACCCUAAAGAGGAUUUAUGGUAAAUACUUGAGGGCAGAAAGUUUUCGAAAAGCUCUUAUUUAUCAGAAGAAAUACCUGCUGCUGUUACUGGGUGGGUUCCAGGAAUGUGAAGAGGCAACCCUGACACUGCUUGCCCGCAUGGGGGGGCAACCAGCCUUUACUGAUCUAGAGGUGAUUACCAACCGCCCAAAGGGCUUCACCAGGUUUCGUUCGGCUGUCAGAGUGUGCAUUGCAAUUUCAAGAAUGAAAUUUUUGGUUCGGCGGUGGCAUCGAGUCACAGGUUCUGGUUCCAUCAAUAUUAACAGGGAUGGCUUUGGACUGAAUCCAGGUGCUGAAAAGACUGAUCCAUUUUAUCAUUCUGGUGGGUUGGAGCUAUAUGGAGAAACAAGACAUACAACAUACCGCUCAAGAUCAGAUCUAGACUACCCUAGGUCUCCAUUACCAUUUCAGAACAGGUACCCAGGCACUCCAGCUGAUUUAUAUCCUGGUUCCUUAGCAUGUUCUCAGCUUCAGAAUUAUGAUCCUGACAGAGCUCUGACAGAUUAUAUCACUCGGCUAGAAGCACUGCAAAGACGACUUGGAACUGUACAGUCAGGUUCAACUACUCAGUUUCACACUGGCAUGAGAAGAUAAUCCUUUGAAACAUCAUUAACGUGAUUUUAAACAAAUUUCCUUUUGUAAAUCAAUGAUUCUUUUGUGCUUUUGUAUUGUGAAUAUUCAGUGGGACCAAUUCAAACACGGCUUAUGAUUGUAUACAAAUCCCUCGCCAGCUCAUGAAAACAAACUGGAGUUUGUAUAUAGAAGCAUUGUGUAUGUAUUCAUGCACAAUAAUCAUUAAAUUACAUGUAUAUUUGUGGAAUGCUAAUUUAAAUGAUUAAAUUAUAAACCUUGUGUAUUUAUCAAAUGGGUGAAAAGAUUAAACUUUUGCAAAUUAUGAUACUGCUGAAUGUGUAGCUUGCGGUGUCCUGCACUUUUCUUACAAGGCUACUGAAGUUACAUGUUUCUGCCUAAUAUAUUUGCUACUGGUGAUGAAGACAGAACAUAUCACUUGUAGAGACCUAUUUUUGUAUAAUGGUAGAAGUUUUGAAUUUUAUGGGGUAUUUUGUCAAGUACUGGAAUAAAAAUGACUUCACCAUUUUCA